UGCUUUUCAGCUUUUGAAUGGCAAGAAAGUUGAACUCCACUUAUAUAAACUCCACUUAUUUUGUUUAUUUUCCACUUAAUCAAAUUUCCUUUCACCACCUGUAGAGCGGAAACACCAAGUAUAUUGCUACAUUGAAUCAUUGUUUGUUGACAAGAAAUUCAAAUGUCAACAUUUAAAAUAUAUUUGGUUACUGAAACGACACUAAAACUCAAAAAUGUCUGCAGAUUCGGUAACAAGCGAGCCUAGACCAGGUCCUAAUGAUGCUGAAAAAGGCACAGCAUGGCAUGGCAUAUCUGAGCUACAUCGUGCAGCAUUGGGAAGCGCUAAUGAUGUUCGAUCGCUACUUCUGAAGGGUGUAGAUGUGACAGUCCACAACAACUUUGGGGAGACACCACUGCACUAUGCUUGCCAAGCUGGGAACUGGGGUGGUGUAUUUCAACUGUUAUUGUUUGGUGCUAACUUGUACGAUGUUGAUAAGGGUGGAAGAUGGUGCAUUCAUCAUGCUGCUAGGAGUGGCUGUGUGUAAGAUCAUUGUUUAUAUUGAGAAUUAACUUGCAAUUAUCAAUUAUUAAUUACUUGAACACGCAAAAUGUACAAACUAUAAUAUAGGGCAUAAUGCCCUGCUGCCAGAAUAUGUUUUGGAAAAAAAAAUAUAUGAAAAAAAAAAAUAUAUAUAUAUAUAUAUAUAUAUAUAUAUAUAUAUAUAUACAUAUAUAUUUAUAUUUAACAAAUAUAAAACAUUUUCCGUGUUGAUAUACAGUUAUAUCAACACGAGUGGAAAUUGGGAAAACGAGAAAUUGUGUGGAAACACGACGCCCGAAGGGCGGAGUGUUUUCACAGAAUUUCGAGUUUUCCCAACUUCCACGAGUGUUGAUAUAACUAUAUAUCAAUACGGAAAAAAUGUUUUAUAUUUGUUUUAUAAUAUAGCAAUGUCAAAAGCCCGAAGAAUAAGAAAAAUUUCCGUGUUUACAAGCGGCGGAAAAUUUCCCGUGUUGACAUGGAGUUAUAUCAACACGGCUCUUACAUUUACUUACAGAAUUUACAAAUGCUAUAUAUAUAUAUAUAUAUAUAUAUAUAUAUAUAUAUAUAUAUAUAUAUAUAUAUAUAUAUAUAUAUAUAUAUAUAUAUAUAUAUAUAUAUAUAUAUAUAUAUACUUAUAUAUAUAUAUAUAUAUAUAUAUAUAAACUUACAUUUUUUUAAAAGAAACCAUUCCUCUUGAAGAGUUGAAUCAUCUGGUUUUAGAGAGAGAAAAAUGAAGAAAUAAGAUAACCUGUUACAAAAUGGGUUAAUAACCAUAAAUAGGGGUUCAGAUUUUAUUUCCACUACGACUACCUCUCACUUGAUUGGUAGAGAUAGUGGAAGUCAAAUCUGAACCUCCCCAUAAUCACCUUACGCCAUUGUGUUUCAGACUGACAUUUCAGUAUCUAGAAUUUCUUGGUGUGAACAAGUGGCAAAGAGAUAAAAAGUAAGGUGUAGUCAUUCUGUUCUGUGUGAAUUAUUUAUGAAAAUUUUGUUAGUAAAUAACUAAGAAAUAUAUUUAUUUGUGUAGAGGCCGCACUGCCUUGCAUCUUGCUGUAGAACAUGGACAUAUUGAACUGAUUAAAUAUCUUGUAAAACAAAAGGUUAGAGAGGUUACAGAGGGUGCCCGAGGUAAC